GAGAAGGAGAUGGCGAAGAUGAUUCGUUGAUGAGGUUUGUGGGUUGUGUCAAGGUGAUGGAGUACUGGGAGCGGAAGAAGGGGAUUUGUGGAAAGCAGCAGCCGUUUCUUAGGUGUGUGGGUGAGUAUGGUGCGUUUGAGGAGGUUGUACCUAUUCUGGAGGCAUUGAGGGAGAAGAGAGAUAGAAGGGAGGGGAAAGUGGCUAUCUGAGUGGGCGAGAAAGAGACGGGGAAGUUAGAGAAUGGUGGAGUUGCAGUGGUAUUGUCAUGGAAUCACAGCCUUUUGAAAGGUUGAAAAGUCGGAAAACGGCAAGACAACCAGCAGAUGGACUCAAGGCCGGCCAAAGCAUCAUUCAUCAGGCCCAGAGGUAACACAUGGACCUCUACUUGGAAGCAGCAGAGCGUCAUGAUAUACCUCAGCAUGUUCUGCGGAUACUCGUUACGAGUGGUACUUCAUCUCAACAAAGCCUCGCUCACAACCCAUCACACUUCGCCUUUACAAACCGACCUACACCUUCCACCCGCUACUUAAUCCCUUCACCUUCCAUCCCAUCCAGCGAAACAAAACCACCUUUACCCCUGAGCCCUGCCCAUACCUUCAAGAAAGGCUAAAGGAAUAAGAAGGGAAAGAGCCAACCCGCAAAGCAAGGCUCUCGUCAUCAAAUGUUAGUCAGCCAGCUCAUCACAGACGAAAACUCAGGGGAGCAUCGCACACCUCAAGGCCGCUAGUCCUGCCCCCGUCAUCUAACUCACCAAUCCAAUACGAAAAAACCUUCUCUCGUCACCAAACCACCUUGGAACACAUGCAUCGAGUACGGCUGAAUUUUGGGUUGCAACAUGAUUGAGCCAAAACCAGGGAGCAUUGCAAUCCA